ACUCUCUUUCCUUGUUUGCAUGACUGUCAUUACACCAUUCCACCCUUAUUCGCUUCUAAGUAUCGGUUUUCUAUCCGAUAUUCUAUCAAAACACCGAAAUUUGGCCUCACAAGCUUAUGAUUAUUCAAAUGGCAGAUGGGUCCACGAUGAAAGUUAUCGUCUCGGAUCCUAUUUUGAGGACUGCCAAUUUCUCGACCCAGGCUUCAAAUGCCAUCAAAAUGGACGGACGGAUAUAGACUAUCUCAACUGGCGUUGGCAACCAGACAAUUACGAUCUUCCAAGAUUCAACGCUAGUGAGUUGCUUGAAAGGAGCAGAAACAGACGCAUUGUAUUCGUAGGGGAUUCAAUAGGAAGGAACCAAUGGGAAUCUCUAGUAUGCAUGCUCGCACAGGCAGUUUCAAAUAAGUCUAGCAUCUACGAAGAAAAUAGAAACCCCAUAACCAAGCACAAGGGCUACCUCUCCAUCCGGUUCGACACCUACAACUUCACUGUUGAAUACUACAGGGCGCCAUUCCUGGUAAUAGCUGACCGCCUGCCUGCAAAUUCCUCCCAUAACAUCAAGAGCCUGGUUCGGGUUGACACGCUGCAUCGGCGCUCUCAACAGUGGGUCGGUGCAGAUGUUCUAAUUUUUAAUGGUGGACACUGGUAUAGCCAAGACAAGACGGUAAAUAUGGGUUACUAUUUUCAGGAAGGGGCAGUCAUAAACAUGGCCAUGGACGUGAAAGAAGCUUUCAGAAAGUCCCUACAGACAUGGAAGCAGUGGGUCAUCGAGAAUUUAGAUCCAGAAAGGAGUCAUAUCUUCUUUCGGAGCCACUCUCCAGUGCAUUACAGGUAA